AUGGCUCCCAGGCCCCGCCUGCCGCUGGCCCUGGCCUUGGUCCUGGCCUGCUGCUGCUGGCCAGGGGGCUUGGCGGCUCCCCGGGGGGGCCCCGGCCCCACCCUCGUCCUCUUCCCCGGGGACCAGAGCCGCAACCGCACCGACAGGGAACUGGCCGAGGAGUACCUGGUCCGCUUCGGCUACCGGCUGCCCGGGGAGAUGCAGGACGGAGGCCCGGGGCAGGCCAUGGGCCCGGCCCUGCGCCGCCUGCAGAAGCAGCUGGCCCUGCCCGAGACGGGCGAGCUGGACCCGGCCACUGUGGCCGCCAUCAAGGCCCCCCGCUGCGGCGUCCCCGACCUGGGCAACUUCCUCACCUUCGACGGCCAGCUCAAGUGGGACCACCAAAACAUUACCUAUCGGGUGCAGAACUACUCGCCGGACCUGACCCCGGAGGUGAUCGAAGAUGCCUUCGCCCGCGCCUUCGCCGUGUGGAGCGCCGUGACGCCCCUCACCUUCACCCGCCUCAGCCACGGACCGGCGGACAUCGUCAUCCAGUUCGGGACCAAAGAGCACGGGGACGGCUACCCGUUCGACGGGCCGGACGGGCUCCUGGCCCACGCCUUCCCGCCGGGCCCGGGCAUCCAGGGCGACGCGCACUUCGACGACGACGAGCACUGGACCCUGGGCAAGGGCGAAGUGGUGUACACCCGGUUCGGGACGGCGGAGGGGGCGGCCUGCCACUUCCCGUUCACGUUCUCGGGGCGGCGGUACGAGGCCUGCACGUCGGACGGACGCGAGGACGGGCUGCCCUGGUGUGCCACCACCCCCGACUACGACCAGGACGGCCUCUUCGGAUUCUGCCCCAGCGAGCUGGUCUACACCCUGGACGGGAACGCGGCCGGCAGCCCGUGCGUCUUCCCCUUCGUGUUCGAGGGCCGGUCCUACUCGUCCUGCACCACUGAUGGCCGCUCCGACGGCUACCGUUGGUGCGCCACCACCGACAGCUUCGACCGCGACCGCACCUACGGAUUCUGCCCCAACAGAGCCUCGGCCGUGACGGGGGGCAACUCUGCGGGGGAGCCGUGCGCCUUCCCCUUCACCUUCCUGGGCCGCAGCUUCGCCGCCUGCACGGCCGAGGGCCGCUCGGACGGGCGCCUCUGGUGCGCCACCACCCACGACUACGAUCGCCACAGAAAGUGGGGCUUCUGUCCCGACACAGGGUACAGCCUGUUCCUGGUGGCGGCGCACGAGUUCGGGCACGCGCUGGGGCUGGACCAUACCACCGUGCGGGAGGCGCUCAUGUUCCCCAUGUACAGCUACACCGAGGGGCCCCCCCUGCACGCCGACGACGUGGAAGGGAUCCAGUUCCUCUAUGGGCCACGAACGGAACCCGAUCCCCGGCCUCCCACAGCGCCCCCUACCGGCCGCCCCCCAGCGCCCCCCACCGACCGCCCCACAGCGCCCCCCGCCGGCCACCCCCCAGCUCCCCCUACCGGCCGCCCCACAGCGCCCCCUACCGGCCGCCCGGCGCCCCCGUCCCCCGCCGACGACGUCUGCUCGGUGUCCGUCUUCGACGCCCUGGCCGACAUCGGGGGGCGGCUGCACUUCUUCAAGGACGGACGGCUGUGGCGGGCGUCCCCGCGGGGCCGGGGCCCGGUGGAGGGCCCGUGGCUGCUGUCCGAUGUCUGGCCCGCUCUGCCCCCGAGGCUGGACGCCGCCUUCGAGGACCCGCUCACCAAAAACAUCUUCUUCUUCUCCGGUGGCCAGUACUGGGUGUACGCGGGCCGGACGGCGCUGGGCCCAUGGAGGCUGGAAAAACUGGGCCUGGGGUCCACCGUGCAGAGGGUCACGGGCCUAGUCCAGCGCAAAGCGGGCAAGGCGCUGCUGUUUAGCGGGGAGCAUUAUUGGAGGAUGGACAUCAAGUCGCAGUCGGUGAACCGGGGCGCCCCUCUGCCCGUCGAAGAGCUGUUUUCUGGGGUCCCCCUGGAAGCGCACAACGUCUUCCUCUACAAAGGAAAUAUCCAUUUCUGCCGCGACCAGUUCUACUGGCGAGUGACCCCGCGGGGCCAGGUGGAUCGAGUGGGUUACGUGACCUUUGACAUCGCGCAGUGUCCGGACCAGUAGGCGAGGGGACUCCGCGUUGGGGAUGUGAGAGACUCCCCUCGCUCCCCGCCGCCAUCAUUUCCAAUAAAAUCGGAUUCAUCAG